GAUCACUGAGCUACACUUCACACACACACACACACACACACACAUACACACACACACAUACACACACACUGCGCUCACUCUCAGAGUGGAUACAGAAUUUGCAAAAGCUCUGAGAAUUAUACUGGAUUAUACAUUAAAGAAUCCAAACAUUUCUACUACAACGGUGAACUCUGAAGACUCAAGAUGCCACCGAUUGUCAGACCGGAUGACUGUCAACCAGCAAAAACACUGUGGUUUGACCGCAAAAAAUACAUUACAAUAAACUUCCUGGUUCAGAAAGCAACAAAUGUUCAGGUCGACAUCCAGGACACCAAAAUGAUCCUAAGCUGCAAAGACGACGACGACAACAACAUUUAUAAUGAAAUCGAAUUUUAUGAUCGAGUGCACAAAAAUGAUUCCAGGGAAAAGGUAUAUGACCGGACCAUUAAUGUUCUGAUAAGAAAAAUGAAGGACAAUGUAGCCUGGCCUCGUCUGACGAAAGACACAGCCAAGCCAGCCUGGCUAUCAGUAGACUUCGAUAACUGGAGAGACUGGGAACACGAGGAGGAAGAUGGCCAGGCUGAGUUUGAACAGUACAUGGAUAUGCUGUCUGAUAUGAAACAGAAAGGAGAGCCACCCAGCAUGGAUGACCUUGACCUUGAUAGUGACUGAGUGACUCCUUCUUCCUAAGAUUGUUUUUCAUUCUCCACAAGGCUCUGGAAACCAGCUCACUGAAAGAACAUGUAUUAUGUAAAGAUUAACACUUAUGAGAUGUGCUGUUAUAGAAAACUAAUCAACAAUGUGUAAUGUUACCACCCCAAAGCUAUUUUUCGAUAAUAGCAUGCCACAAAGUGUUUUAUUUCUCUUAUACCGCAGCAAUUCACAACAUUUUUCUAAUUUAUUAAAGAACGUGACAUUCUUUGUUUUUAUCCAUUUAUAGUUAUUUUGCAUGUUAUGGAACAUUGAAAUAAGUAAACAAUAAACAGUCAUUUCCUCUUUUUUUUACUUGCAUCUCAAUAUUUUGUCUCUUGAAGUUAAUAAGACAAAAAGCUGCUUGUCAUGUUACCACUAAAUCGCGAUGCCUAAAGCUUUAUGUCCAGCUUCAGUUUAUAAUUUUACUGUUACAUAGCCCUGACAUUUGAGACUGCUUCAAAAAAUGUGAAAUAAAACUUUCAACCAUUACACACAUUUUUAAUCAGGAAAGUCCACCAUACAACUCCUGGUGUAUGUGGUUACUAUAGAAACCAUAGUAUAUUAGAACAACUGCAUUAAUAUAAACCUGUACACUGUAUAUAAACCAAUCACAUUUGAGAAUUCAACAGUGCUGUGGUAUAAUUGUUAUUAAAUUCUUUGGUUGUUCAUAUCUGG